AUGCUCUUAGGGGCUGCUGACGCCCAAAAGCAGCGGCAGCAGAUCGGGGGGGAGCCGCAACGUAGCCGCAGCAGCAGCGCGGGGCCUCCCAGCCCUGCUGCAGCAGCAGAUUGGGCUUCUUCACUUUCUUUUUUGGCUGCGACAUUGCGCGACAGCUAUUUGCCACCUUCUGCAGCAGCCUCGAGCGCGCCUUCUGCCCCUCCUCUAGCGGUCGCAGCAGCAGCGGCAGCAGCAGCAGCAGCAGCAGCAGCAGCAGCAGCAGCCCCAGCUGCUGCUGCAGACGCAGUUCUCAGGCCCACCCAGCAGCAGCUCGCCUUUCCCGCACUUGUUCCUCUUUGUUGCUUCUGGAGUUUGUUGCUGAGGGCCUCCCCGACUCUGCCUCCUCUGCGGGGGCCCUCGUCAAGUGCGCGCACUGCAGCAGCAGCAGCAGCAGCAGCAGCAGCAGAAUCAGCAGCAGCAGCAGCAGCAGAGGCACUGAGGUCUCUGGCGUGGCAGCAGCAGCCGCUCAGCAGCAGCCUCGCAGCAGCAGCAGCGCAGCAGCAGCAGCGCCGCAGCAGCAACGCAGCAGCAGCAGCUCAGCAGCAGCAGCAGCAACGCCGCCUUCUCUUCGCCCGCCGCUCCUCGCAGCGUCUCUCCGCUUCCCUCCGGGCACUGCGGCUAGGCUCUUCGAAGCAAACUGCAAUCUGCUGCAGCAGCAAAAUGGCCCGCAGCGAGCAGCAGCACCUGCAGCCCAGCAGCAGCGGCGGCCGCCCCGCUGUUGCUGCUCGCCGCUCCCCAUUUGUAGUCAGGGGCCCCCCGGGGGCCCCUCAGGGGCCCCCAGGGGGGCCCCCCAGGACCGCAUUUGCUUCUCUGGAGGAGGCCCUGCGCAAGGCGGACCCCCACAGGCCCUCGGGGGAGCGGCGGGGCCUCGGGGAGAAGCGGGAAGCAGCAGCAGCAGCAGCAGCAGCAGAAAGGAGAGACGCAGCAGAAGCAGCAGCAGCAGCAGCAGCAGCAGACAGGCCUCCUACGUUCCGGCGAGACAUGCAGCAGCAGCAGCAGCACCGACAGGGGAACGCCUGGGGCCGCUCGUCAGACAACCGAAGACACGGGGGGCCCUCUGGGGCCUUCCACGGGGGCGGCGGCGGGGGCCCCGGUCUUGCUGCUGCUGCUGCUGCUGCUGCAGCAGCAGCAGCAGCAGAUGACACGGGCCCCGGAUUCCAGACGGACGCGCAGAUCGCAGCAGCAAAGGCGGAGUCGGGGGCCCCGGCCCCGAGACCAUUGGUCAAGUGGACAGGAGGAGCGCCGGGUGUGGCGCUGCAGACGCUGGAGGAGUCUGCUGCUGCUGCUGCAGCAGCAGCAGCAGCAGCAGGAGUGGCAGUGGGCCCCUGGGACCAGUUCGGGGCCAACGAGCGGCGCUUUGGAGUCAAAAGUUCUUUUAAAGAAGAACUUUACACAACAGCUUUGGACAGAGAGAAAGUGCCGCAGCACGUGCGGGCGCGGGCGCUGCGGCUGGCGAAGCAAAUUGAGGAAGAAAGCAGCAGCAGCAGCAGCAGCAGCAGCAGCAGCAGCAGCAGCAGCAGCAGCAGGCUCAACAGGGACUCGCUACUCGACCCGGAACACGAAGACGAGGAGGCGAUGUUCAGCGCUGUGAGAUCUGCUGCGACCUUUGCCCGCUCACAGCCACCAGCAGCAGCAGCAGCAGCAGCAGCAGGCAGCUCAGCAGCCCCUCAGCAGCAGCAGCAGCAGCAGAACAGUGCUGCACUGACUACGUCGCAACAGCAGCAGCAGCAGCAGCAGCAGCAGCAGCCAGCAGCAGCAGAAGCGCAGCCUGCGGCGGCUUGGGGGACUCCUGCUGCUGCUGCGAACAGCAAAGCCCAGGGGCUGCCCAAGGACGAUGGCAGCAGCAGCAGCAGCAGAGACACGGAAGCCUCGAACAGCAGCCAGCAGCAGCAGCAGCAGCAACCGCAACAGCAGCAACAGCAGCAACAACAGAGGCAGCAGCAGCACCAACAACGCCGGGUCCAUAUGGAAGAGCAGCAGCAGCAGCAGCAGCAGCAGCAGCAGCAAAGCCCGAUGCGCUCUGCAGCUGCCCCUGGCGGCGCUGCUUCCAGUCGGCUCGGGGAAAGAAGAAAGCAGCAGAGGCUGUGUCUUCGGGGAGAGCAGCUGAUCGCAAGCAGCACGAGGCAGCAGCAGCAGCAGCAGCAACAGCAGCAGCAGCAGCAGCAGCGGAUGCGCGGCCGCAGCAGUCUGCAGACAGCAGCAGCAACAGCUGCAGCGGCGGACACGGCAGCAACUGGCGCUGCUGACGGCAACCAGCAGCAGCAGCAGCAGCAGCAGCAGCAGCAAGGCGCCGCAGCAGCAGCAGAGGGAGGGUCCCCCACGGCCAGCAGCAGCAGCGGCAAGAAGUGCUUCCAGUUCAAUCCUUAUGCAAAUAGCUUUACGCCUGCGACGCCUUCAUCGCAUGCAGCAGUAGCAGCAGGGUACAGAUUUGCUGCUGCUGCUGCUGCAGCAGCAGCAGCAGCAAGCAGCGCGGCAGCGCGGCACGGAGGGGCCCCGCAGCAGCCGCUGCCGGGGGCGGUGUCUCUGCCGGGUGCAGCAGCAGAAGUCGGCGACAAGAGCAGCAGCAGCGGGCAGCAGCAGCAGCAGCACCAGCAGUACACAGCAGCAGCAGCAGCAGCAGCAGCAGCAGCAGCGCGGGCGCACCCGCAGUCACUAGCUGCUGGGGCUGGGGCGGCGCUGCCCAUGCCGCCGCCGCUGGGCGUGUACGGCACAGCAGCAGCAGCAGCAGCAGCAGCAGCAGCAGCAGCAGCAGCAGCAGGCCAGGCCUAUGGGGGGCCCCACACUUCGGGGCCCCUCUUAACAGACCCCACAGAGGCCCUCGUUGUUGACAGCAUUGCCUUGGGGGCCCCCUUUGCUGCUGAGGGGGCCCCCUUUGCUGCUGCUGAGGGUUUGCCGCUGGGGGUGCCCAUGAGAGCUGCCUUCGCGGGGUACCCGCAGCAGCAGCCAGCAGCAGCGCAGCACCCCUGGCGGCCGCUGCUGCAGCAGGGACUGCAGCAGGGGCUGCAGCAAGGACUGCAGCAAGGACUGCAGCAGGGGCUGCAGCAGGGGCUGCAGCAGGGGCUGCAGCAGGGGGCCCUGGGCCUCGCUCCGGGGGCCCCCGGGGGCCCCCGUCAAGGGGGGCCCCCCAAGCUUUGUGCUUUUGCUGCAGCACCAGAUUUGGCAAGGGAGCACUGCUACCGAGACAUUCUCAGCCAAGGGCCUCCUGCGCCUUACUGCGGCCUUCCCGCAGUAGAUGCUGCUGCUUCCUUUGCGCAGCCCUUCCCCUUGAGGCUGCAGCGGCCCUCCCUCUCAGCUUCUCCUCUCUACGGAUUUGGGCAGCCGCUGCUGCUGCCUAAUGCUGCUUUGGGGGGCCCCCCGGGGGCCCCCGGGCCCAUGGCGUACCCUGUGAUGUUUGCUGCUGCUCCGCAGCUGCCUCCGGGGCAUCCUUAUGCCCUGUUGUCUGCUGCUGCUGCUGCACCGCAGCAGCAGCAGCAGCAGCAGCACCCUGCGGCCCACCCUGGGAACCCAGGCAAGCAGCAGCGGCACCACCAGCCCGCCGCCGGGGCCCCUCCCGGCGCGCAGCAGCAGCAGCAGCAGCAGCAGCAGCAGCAGCAGCUCGACGCAGCAGCGCAUGAUGCAGCAGCAGCAACUGCAGCAGCAGCACCUUCCCCUUCCCAGGGGCCCCGCGGCGCAGCUUCGCCCCACGUGGGGGGCCGUGGGGGGGCCCCCGGGGGCCCCAGCCACAAGACUUCUCCUUACAAAUCUGGUCUCCACGGUAACAGGCAGCAGCAGCAGCAGCAGCAGCAGCAGCAGUUUCAGUCCCAUUUGCCAAUGAGAGGCAGCCCCUUUGGGCCUGGAGGGAACAUGCAGCAGCAGCAGCAGCAGCAGCAGCAAGCACAGCAGCAGCAGAUGCUGCACCAAGGGUCUCUCUCGCCCAUGGUGGGCGCUGCAAGCCCAGCAGCAGCAGCAGCAACAGCAGCAGCAGCAGCAGCAGCAGUGAUACCCCCGCCCCACCCGCCACUCCCCCCAGUGCUGCAGGGGGGCCCCCAGGGGGGCCCCUCGGGGGCCCCCGGAGCAGCAGCAAGAAUUGCAGAGUCGAGGGGCCCCCCUGCUGCUUCGCAGCCAGUGAGCAGCAGCAACGGCAGCUCAGUGGGGGCCCCCAUGGACCUGGUGUGUCCGUAG